AUGACGGACAAACCACGACGCCCUUUUGAGAGCUACGUCGGGUCUAAAAAGAACUUUGGGUCUGUUGCCUUUCGUCGCAUUCAAUGGAAAUUCACUGCAAAUGAAAGCGCUGUUGAUAGUGUCCAUGUUCUCAGAGACAUCACGGACGCCAACUCUGGUCUUGUUCCCUUCUUCAACGAAGAUGGCACAACGCACCGCGUUGCUACGGCUUCCAUCACUUGCUAUGUGAGCCCCGACGAAGAUGACGAUGAUGACGAGGACGAUGAGGACGAAGAACCAGAAGACGAUUGGUUUCGCUUUUACAGAGGCCCACGGCUAGAAGUCAAGCCCAAGGCUGGCGACUAUAUCACAGCUGUACAUCCAUGGCUACAUGAGAAACGGCAGCUUAUAAUCUCACCGCAAUAG